AUGGAAUACAAAUUGAUAACUGAAGACCGUUUCGACGAUGUCGUUGCACAUUUAAGUACCAAUUUCUUCGCCGAUGAGCCGUUGAAUAAGGCGGCGGGUCUAUGUCGACGCGGGGAGGGUCAUCGAGAAUUGGAGCAGCUUUGCUAUGAGACACUUAAGGAUAAUUUGAGUUUAAUGGCUGUGAACGAAAAUAACGAUAUCGCUGGUGUGCUGCUCAAUGGUGUUGUCUAUCCGCAAGAUAUUCUGCAGGCUCACGAGCGUAUCGAACUCAGUGAUGAUGAACGCUUUAAGAAAAUAUUUCGUUUAUUAAAUGAACAUAAUCUACGUGCAAAUAUAUUUGGAAAUUUCAAUGUAGCACGUGCCUUUGAGGUGCGUAUGCUCUCGGUGGAUGGGCGCUUUCGCGGACAGGGUAUUGCUAAAGAGCUGGUGCGGCGUAGCGAGACAAUUGCAAGGGAUUUUGAAUUUAAGCUCAUGAAAGCCGAUGCAACAGGAAUUUUCUCACAAAAAAUUCUGAAAUCAAACGGUUUCAAGGUACUGAGCGAAUUCUACUAUGAUAAGUAUACAGAUGAAUUUGGUAAGCCAAUAUUGUUGGUGGAGGCACCGCACAUUAAAUUGCAGCUGCUAUACAAACUCUUGGAAUAAGGUGCAGAGACAGGUAAGAAAACCCAAAUGAGUUUAAAGUAAAAUAAAAUUAAUACAAAAGUAUAUAAUACAAAAAGAUUUAAACAGAAAUAAUAUUAAUAAAAAAAUAACAUAAUAUAAUUAACUAAAAUCAACGUUUUAGGAUACGUUUUUACUGUUUUUCACAUCUAACUUAAUCGACGACACAGUAUUCCACGAAUAUGUGUAGAAAAAAAUUUAGAGCUAUAGUUUAAAGUUAUAAAUAAUGUGUCAACAAUAGAGUAAAACCACUACAACAACGCAGUUAUUUAUACUAAUAGACCGCAUUAAAAUAAGUGUAUAUUAAUGGCGCAGACAAUUAUUUAUAAGAAACACAUUUUUAUUGCCAUAAUCGCAUAUUUAUUAGUAUGUAAAUUAUUUAUUAACCAACUUUAGUGCAAAAGCCAAGCAUGUAAGCUAUAAUUAAAUAUACUUUCAUAUACA